CUAGCUCUCAAUCACUCGUGUUUACUCCAAUUCGUUGCCAGAAUAAGAAUGAAAUUAGAGGAAAAUAAAUUGUUUACCUAAAGAACCUGGUGGCAAAUAAACCACUUCUAGACAUAAGGGGAAGGUGGUAGUAUAGAAAUUCGAGAUCUCAGUGUGUGUAUUUUAAACUUCAGCUAUCUCAAUUUAACAAGUAGAGGGUAGAUUUAUUCCAGUUCCCAAUACUUACAACCACAUUGUCCGAUAUAAACAGUUGCUCUUGCUUAAUCCAAUUGGCUAACAUCAGAAGAAGAUAAUACAGGAACGAUUACUUCGCUGUUUAUUUCAGAAUAUAUUGGCUCGAUUGGCACGUUUGUUUGAUUAGGAGUUCUUCCAGUUUCUCUUGGUACUGUAACAAACCUAGUACAUGAGAUGUGUACUCUGACACCGCCAAUACUACCGUGAUGCGCAUAACAGUCCCAUAUGCAUGAGAAAUCCUUAGCAAAUGAGACUAUUACGUCGUAACACGCAUAUAUAUUCCUUACUUUUCCCAAGUCAUACUUUAGAAAUCAACACUACUACAGUUCCACAAGACCGGUCACCCAUAAAAAAGCGAAGUGCACAGUUCACUCCUGUGGAAAGCAAAGAUAAGCGACCUGCAACGCGUCAACAUUUAAUCGGUAGGCAAGAAUCGGCGUUGAGUGGCAAAGAUGUCGAUGUUAUCAAAACCGUUCUACAGUCUGCUGGGAUCGUACUUUGAACAACUAUUCAAUCACCCGGUGAGAACCAAGGCCGUCACUAGCUGUGUCAUUGCUACAUCGGCCAACUUUUGCUCCCAGAAAAUUGCCGGUACGAAGAAAACCAACACCGACAGCCUGGUCGCUUAUGGAUUGUUUGGCUUGAUAUUUACCGGUCCGUUGUCGCACUUUUUCUACCAAUGGCUGGACCGGAUCACGGACGAUCGCCGUUUCAAGCAGAUGAUGAUGCUGCUAGGUGAACGAGCAAUCUUUGCACCGGCUAUUACGGCCCUCUCCUUAUACUUCAUUACACGUUUCGAGGGCAAGACCCACGAGGAAGGUUGCAAAAAUUUGAACGAUUUGUACAAGCUAAUUGUGCUGAACAACUGGAAGUAUCUCACGCUGCCGGUGCUUAUCAACUUUAGAUUUGUGCCGCCGAUGCUUCGGGUUCUGGUUGCCAAUUUCAUCGGUUUCUGCUGGAUAGUUUUCCUGUCGGCCAAGCGCCGAAAGGCUGAGCUUCGUCGCCGCCAAACAGACGAACAGCAAAGCUCUUGAAUGCAGGAGACGUUAUGGUUAUACGAUGGUAUCUACGAGGAAGCGCUGGAACGAUGACAAAUUUGCAACUUCGGGUAACGCACAUCGCAAUGGAAGCUGUUAUGGGGGCAAGGUUUAAUAGAUUAUAAAGAGUUUAAGCAGGGAAAACCAGUGGGUAUGAGUAGGGCAGGAAGCUUGUGUGCUUCCUAGAUCAAACCGUAGUAAUACAAAAACAAGUGCUCUUUUUCAAAGUUGCACACGAGACACUGGAGAUUUAUAGCUAUCAAAGAACUUAUAGAUAGAUUAAUGCGUUUAUACACUAAGAUUUUCUGCAUUAAUAAAAAUGCUUCCGUUCAAUUAAUAAUGCUGUUAGUUGGUUGAACUUUGGUAAGCAAGGUGCGAAAGUCGUUUUAUCUUGUUUCUGGAUGUAAGUUGGGUAAAAAUAAAGCAUUUUAUAUUUUUAA